AUGCCAGCUUUUGUGGAGACAGGUGUGUUUGUCGCUGUGACAGAUGAAGUGAAGUCAGUGUCGGUGCUGGAGGGAGAUUCUGUCUCUCUAAACACUGAUGUUAAAAUACAGAGAGACGAUCACAUACUGUGGAUGUUUGGACCUCAAAACACUCGUAUAGCUGAAAUCAUUAAAAGAGACCAAAUUAACUUUAUUUUUGUCAGUAAUGAUGAGAUAUUCAGAGACAGACUCCAGAUGGACAAUCAAACUGGAUCUCUGACCAUCAGAAACAUCAGAUCUGAACACACUGGACUUUAUGAACUGAUCAUCAUCAUCAGUGUAGAAACCUCACUGAAGAGCUUCAGUGUUACUGUGUACGCUCAUCUUCCCUCUCCUGUCAUAACCAGUAACUCUUCAAACUGUUCUUCAUCAUCAUCUUCAUCAUCAUCUAAUCGUUCAUCAGUGUCCAGAUGUUCACUGCUGUGUUCAGUUGUUAAUGUGGGUGAUGUGACUCUCUCCUGGUACAAAGGAAACAGUUUAUUGUCCAGCAUCAGUGUGUCUGAUCUCAGCAUCAGUCUCUCUCUACCUCUGGAGGUGGAAUAUCAGGAGAACAACGCCUACAGCUGUGUGAUCAACAAUCCCAUCACAAACCAGACCACACAUCUCAACAUCACUCAACUCUGUCAGACAUGUGCAGAAUCUCUCCGUUCCAAUUUCAUACCACUGGUAGUUGGUUUAUUGUUGCUGGCUGUUUUUUUGGGCGUGAUUCUAUUUUGGCACAUCAAGAAUCGUAAACAAACAGCACAACCUGGCAAGUAUUACUGCGACUGCAUAUAUUCAUCUUUGUGUUGGAAAAGUGUUUUAUUAUAUUACCAUCAUUUCAUGUAUAAUGUUUUAUAGUUGAACUCUGGUUAUUAUUAAAACAGUUGAAAAUUAAGACAUAGAUUAUGUAUACAUUGC